AAAUGGACCACAAAGCGUAUAGACUGCCAGGGAAGAAUAAUAACCCCUGGAUUUAUUGAUCUUCAAAUCAACGGAGCUUUCGGAGUAGAUUUCUCCUGUGAUAUCAAGGACAAGGAGAGUGCAGAUCAAUGUAUUAGGACUGUAGGAAGAGGUAUUCUAGCCCAUGGAGUCACCAGUUAUUGUCCUACAGUUGUCACUUCACCACCAGAGGUUUAUUCUACUAUUCUACCCUUCAUUCAACCUAGGAAAGGAGGAAAGGAUGGAGCAACGGUUCUGGGAGUUCACGUUGAAGGACCUUUCAUCAAUUUAGAGAAGAAAGGAGCUCAUCCAACACAAUGUAUCAGGUCCCCUACUGAAGGGUUUAAGAGUGUGAGGGAAAUGUAUGGUCCAGGUUUAAAAAAUGUUUCUAUCAUCACCCUAGCUCCGGAGCUAGAGGGUUCUAUGGACGCUAUCCAGGGUUGCGUAGAGACAGGGAUUCUAGUUUCUCUGGGUCAUACUCAAGCUACGCUCUCAGAGGGUGAAGAGGCUGUACGACGUGGUGCAGGAUUAAUCACUCAUUUGUUCAACGCUAUGCCAAGCUUUCAUCACAGAGAUCCAGGCCUGAUUGGACUACUAACAUCGACCAAAUUAAAUAAUAAUAAGAUACAGGGUAUGUUUAAUAUCUGUUUUCAGGACGGAAAAUACCAGUUUGGACAACAACAGAUUGAAGUUAGAGGAGAUGAAGCCUAUGUUGCAGGAACAAGUACUUUGACAGGUUCAGUGGCAACUAUGCACAAGAGUAUUCUCAAGUUUAGGAAAAGCUCCAGAUGCAGUUUAGUUGAAUGUCUAGAAGCUGCAUCUUUGCACCCUGCUCAGGCUCUAGGGAUAGAUAAAACCAAGGGUUCCUUGAACUAUGGAUCUGAUGCUGACCUUGUAUUCCUGGAACCAGCUGAUCUAGGGGUCAUCUCAACCUGGAUAGACGGUAGGAUGGUUUAUGAAGCGAACUGUACCUGAUGAAUACCAGAAACCAGAUGGUUUAUGAAGCGAACUAUGCCAGAUGAAUACCAGAAAUCAGAUGGUUUUUUAAACAAACUGUACAAGAUAAAUAAUAUAAACCAAUUGCAUGGUUAUAUUUAAA